AUGGAACUCGGACUGGGACAAUUUGAACAAGCUGUGGGGAAAGAAACAAGGAAGUUAAGAGAAAUCCUGGUUCAGUAUGAAAGAGGGUCUGGUCAGGUGAUUAAUCUAGAGAAAUCUUCUAUCUGUUUCAGUAAGAACACUAAGAAAAGGGAUAAGGAGGAGACCUAUGAACCACUACCAGGUGUAAGGAUAGUGAAUCAAGGGAAAUACUUGGGCCUUCCAAUGGUGAUUACAAAGACAAAAGGUCAGGUAUUUGGAUUCAUAAAAGACAGCAUCAAGAUCAGACUAAACAGUUGGAAGAACAAGUUUCUAAGUGCAGCAGGCAAGGAGGUGAUGUUAAAAGCUGUUACAAUGGCUAUGCCAAACUAUGCUAUGUCUUGCUUCAAGCUACCAACUAAAUUAUGCAAAGAAAUCACAGGGUUGAUGGCCAAAUACUGGUGGGGUGGAGAAGCAAGAUACAUUGAUGCUCUUGGGCCAAAAUGA